AUGGACUGGAGGAGGAGGGGAGAAGGGAAGGCGGGGGGUCUCAUGGACUGGAGGAGGAGGGGAGAAGGGAAGGCGGGGGGUCUCAUGGACUGGAGGAGGAGGGGAGAAGGGAAGGCGGGGGGUCUCAUGGACUGGAGGAGGAGGGGAGAAGAAAGGGCAGGGGUCUCAUGGACUGGAGGAGAAGGGGAGAAGAGAGGGCAGGAGGUCUCAUGGACUGGAGGAGGAGGGGAGAAGGGAAGCGGGGGGUCUCAUGGACUGGAGGAGGAGGGGAGAAGGGAAGGCGGGGGGUCUCAUGGACUGGAGGAGGAGGAGAGAAGGGAAGGCGGGGGUCUCAUGGACUGGAGGAGGAAGGGAGAAGGGAAGGCGGGGGGUCUCAUGGACUGGAGGAGGAGGGGAGAAGGGAAGCGGGGGUCUCAUGGACUGGAGGAGGGGAGAAGGGAAGGCGGGGGGUCUCAUGGCCUGGAGGAGGAGGGGAGAAGGGAAGGUGGGCGGUCUCAUGGACUGGAGGGGCAUGGACUGGAGGAGGAGGGGAGAAGGGAAGGCGGGGGUCUCAUGGACUGGAGAAGAGAGGGCGGGGGGUCUCAUGGACUGGAGGAGGAGGGGAGAAGAGAGGGCGGGGGGUCUCAUGGACUGGAGGAGGAGGGGAGAAGGGAAGGCGGGGGGUCUCAUGGACUGGAGGAGGAGGAGAGGGCGGGGGGUCUCAUGGACUGGAGGAGGAGGGGAGAAGGGAAGGCAGGGAGUCUCAUGGACUGGAGGAGGAGAGGAGAAGGGAAGGCGGGGGGUCUCAUGGACUGGAGGAGAAGGGGAGAAGAGAGGGCGGGGGUCUCAUGGACUGGAGGAGGAGGGGAGAAGGGAAGGCGAGGGGUCUCAUGGACUGGAGGAGGAGGGGAGAAGAAAGGGCGGGGGUCUCAUGGACUGGAGGAGAAGGGGAGAAGAGAGGGCGGGGGGUCUCAUGGACUGGAGGAGGAGGGGAGAAGAGAGGGCGGGGGGUCUCAUGGACUGGAGGAGGAGGGGAGAAGGGAAGGCUGGGGGUCUCAUGGACUGGAGGAGGAGGGGAGAAGAGAAGGUGGGGGGUCUCAUGGACUGGAGGUGGAGGGGAGAAGGGAAGGCGGGGGGUCUCAUGGACUGGAGGAGGAGGGGAGAAGAGAAGGCGGGGGGUCUCAUGGACUGGAGGAGGAGGGGAGAAGAGAAGGCGGGGGGUCUCAUGGACUGGAGGAGGAGGGGAGAAGAGAAGGUGGGGGUCUCAUGGACUGGAGGUGGAGGGUCUCAUGGACUGGAGGAGGAGGGGAGAAGGGAAGGCGGGGGGUCUCAUGGACUGGAGGAGGAGGGGAGAAGGGAAGGCAGGGAGUCUCAUGGACUGGAGGAGGAGGGGAGAAGGGAAGGCGGGGGGUCUCAUGGACUGGAGGAGAAGGGGAGAAGAGAGGGCGGGGGGUCUCAUGGACUGGAGGAGGAGGGGAGAAGGGAAGGCGAGGGGUCUCAUGGACUGGAGGAGGAGGGGAGAAGAAAGGGCGGGGGGUCUAA